GUUCACAGACUGUCAGGAGCCAGCCACCCCUUGCCACCCCACUGUGACAUGGAUUCCUGUAGCUCUGAGGAAUUCUACCAGGCAGUUCACCACGCAGAGCAAACCUUCAGGAAAAUGGAGAGCUACCUGAAGCAGCAGCAGCUCUGUGAUGUUAUCCUGAUUGCUGGGGAUCGCAAGAUACCUGCACACAGACUUGUUCUCAGUUCUGUCUCUGACUACUUUGCUGCCAUGUUUACAAGUGAUGUUUGUGAAGCCAAGCAAGAAGAGAUCAAAAUGGAAGGCAUAGACCCCAAUGCACUGUGGGACCUUGUUCAGUUUGCAUAUACAGGCUGCCUGGAAUUAAAGGAAGACACCAUUGAAAACCUUCUAGCAGCUGCCUGCCUUCUCCAGCUCCCCCAAGUAGUAGAGGUUUGCUGCCAUUUUCUAAUGAAGCUUUUGCACCCAUCCAACUGUUUGGGAAUACGAGCAUUUGCUGAUGCACAAGGGUGCACAGAGCUUAUGAAGGUGGCUCACAACUACACCAUGGAGAAUAUAAUGGAAGUUAUAAGAAACCAAGAAUUUUUGCUUCUACCUGCUGAAGAACUCCACAAACUUCUUGCCAGUGAUGAUGUUAAUGUUCCUGAUGAAGAGACCAUUUUCCAUGCCUUAAUGAUGUGGGUGAAAUAUGAUAUGCAGAGGCGAUGCAGUGACUUAAGUAUGCUGCUUGCUUAUAUCAGAUUACCACUCCUUCCACCUCAGAUACUGGCUGACCUGGAAAACCAUGCACUUUUUAAGGAUGACUUAGAAUGCCAGAAGCUUAUUCUGGAAGCCAUGAAAUAUCAUCUUUUACCAGAAAGAAGAACUCUCAUGCAAAGUCCAAGAACUAAGCCUAGAAAAUCUACAGUUGGAACACUUUAUGCUGUUGGAGGGAUGGAUAACAACAAAGGAGCUACAACUAUUGAAAAGUAUGAUCUCAGAACAAACAUAUGGAUUCAGGCUGGAGUAAUGAAUGGUAGGAGGCUUCAGUUUGGUGUUGCUGUCAUCGAUGACAAGCUGUUUGUCAUUGGAGGCCGGGAUGGUUUAAAGACAUUAAACACUGUUGAAUGUUACAAUCCAAAGACCAAGGCUUGGACUGUGUUACCACCUAUGUCAACUCACAGACAUGGCUUAGGAGUCACAGUGCUUGAAGGGCCUAUUUAUGCAGUGGGAGGACAUGAUGGUUGGAGUUAUUUGAACACAGUUGAGAGGUGGGACCCUCAAAGUCAGCAGUGGACAUUUGUGGCAAGUAUGUCAAUUGCCAGAAGCACUGUUGGAGUAGCAGCAUUAAAUGGCAAGUUAUAUUCGGUUGGAGGUCGGGAUGGAAGCUCAUGUUUGAGUUCAAUGGAAUAUUAUGAUCCUCACACAAAUAAAUGGAAUAUGUGUGCUCCUAUGUGUAAGAGAAGAGGAGGUGUAGGAGUGGCUACCUGUGAUGGCUUUCUUUAUGCAGUUGGAGGUCAUGAUGCUCCUGCUUCUAAUCACUGUUCUCGGCUGCUGGACUACGUGGAAAGGUAUGACCCAAAAACUGAUACAUGGACAAUGGUGGCUCCGCUGAGUAUGCCUCGAGAUGCUGUUGGUGUUUGUCUCCUUGGUGACAAAUUAUAUGCAGUAGGUGGCUAUGAUGGUCAAUCAUACCUGAAUACUAUGGAAGCAUAUGACCCUCAAACUAAUGAGUGGACACAGAUGGCUUCCUUAAAUAUUGGAAGGGCUGGUGCCUGUGUUGUAGUCAUCAAACAACCAUGACUUUGUCAGCACUGCUUAGGAUUUUACUGACUGUGAAAAAAUUAUUUUUCUAUGAGACAAAGAGAAUGAUAACUUCACAAGAACGAGGAUCUACACAGUGAAUACACUGUUGAUCACAAACUUGAAGAAGUUUGGAAAUGACAAAGAUUAAGUAUUUAUGCCCUAUAAAAUCAUAAAACCGUUCACAGUCAGUGAACAAGAAAAAAGCCCCCGGAGUAUUGUAGGCGUAAAUAUGUGAAUGUAGAGUAGUAAGUUGAGAUAUUGUUCUCAUGAAUGUGUCCUGGAGAACUGGAUUAUCAUGAGAAAUCUACACAAAGAGUGGAAAGGAAUAUGAGAGCAGUUUUCAUGGCUGCAAGAGAACUGCAGAAACAUGAAAGUAUAUUUAAUCAAUUUUAAACUGUGUUUUUUAAAAGAGAAAAGUGGAUAGUAAUAUAAUUUUUUUGCUGUGUAAGUCUUGUCUUCGAAGGGGUUAUGGUCUUCUCAUUUAAAUGAGCAGUUUGACUUUACUGAAAGGAAGAGGUCAAAUGGUCUGGAUAUUCAUAGUGACUGAGCUGUGACUCUAGAGCAGGAAGAAACACAACAAAACUAAAAGUAGGCUUUUUAUGUAACUUCAGAUUGUACCCCCUCGCCUGUGUUAAUGCAUCUUAUAAAUGAGUCCAUAGAGGGAGAAGCCUGUGUGUUUAAUCAAGUAAUAUAAAGCAGUCCUGUGGCUGCACUGGGGCUUUGUUGCAAAUAUGGGAGUAAAAGAAACAGUUACCGAAGUCUUUCUUAAUCUUAUAUUCAAUUUAAGCAUGUGAGCUCUAACCUCAUUGUUUAAUGCAUCUACUGCACGUUGGAAGCUCAUGACAAGCUGGACAAUUGAUCCCCUUAUUUUGCUGCAUCAUUUUAAUGGAUGAAGUGUGACAGGCACAGUCUAUAGAGACUCUUCUAACAUUUCAAGAGGGAGAAAAUCCUACAUUUUAUUUCUUUCUAAUGCUUGUACAUACACAAUUUUGCCUACUUAGAGGUGCAAAUUUAUGGCUUUCCACUUAUAACUGAAAAUAACUGCAAGUCAGGAAAUCAGAGUAAAUGCAAGUGGAAUAAGGAAUAUUAGACAAUUUGAUCAAAUGCAUUUCAUAUGGUAAAUAUACUAGUGUCAUCUGUGCUUCCCUUUAGGGUUGAUAAUUUCUGCCAGUAAUGAUAGUUUAAGCUUUUGAUUUGGCAGUAGAUGUGGUGCUGAUGCUUUCUGUCUGCUCAGCUGAAUCAGUUAGAACCUAAGGCCACUACUGGAAUAUGAAAUUCUGCUAUCCAGGGAUGCACAGCUUCUGGGAACAGAGCACCAAAUAUACUUCUCUUAAGCCUUGCUGAUCCUAUUAGAAACAUUUCAUGGCCCAAAAGCUGAAACUUCACAAUCCUCUGUCACUAGCAAUUUUGAGAAGGAAUUCUGGUUGCACUAAAAUGAGUUUUCUUAGUGGAAAUCUCUGAAAUCAUUUGAGAUGAAAAAAUACAAAAUAUGAAAUAGAUCUUCCACCUUGGGACAUUUGAUUUGAAGGUGUGUCUUUCCUUCUAACUGCAUUGGUAUGCACGGAGGUCUUUGAUUAUUGAUGUAAGUUGAAUUGCAAUUCUGAAGCCUAAGUAUAUGGAUUUAAAUAUUUAAAAUAUUUCUAUGUCCUAGUUUGGAAUCAGCUGAAAACACUUCAACAUUAAUUUUCCACAGCCAGUUGCCUUUUGAAUUGCAAUUAUUGUUUCACAGACAAACAUAUGAAUUUUUCUCCAACUACAACAAUCUGUUGACUAAAAAAUGUUACCUCUCUAAAGAUUUUGCUUCACAUAAACACAAGUUUGGAGACCAAAUGAAGAAGAUUCUAGAAUUAUAACUGUAAUUAAAUAUAGAUAUUGGCAUUCAGAACUCCUACAGAGAUAGCUAAAGAACUUAAAAAUUGAAUUUUAUUCUAUUCCCAGAAUUUUCUUUUGAUUUCAUUAUAUUAAUAUUUUAUAGAAAUAUUAUUGCUCUACCUAUACACAGAUCUUCAAAGUAGGAUUAUUCCUAUUAAUUUCAUUCUGUGCCAAAUUUGUUUUAAGUGCCUUGAUCAUUAUUUUCUUCCAUUUAUCCUCAUUUCAUUUUUGAUUCUCAAUUUCCUUUUCUACUUUUUCAAUUUGCUUUUAUUUUACCAAAAUUAUUCUGAUGUGAAUUUUUUCAGUCUGCUCCGCUUCUCUUAUUUUGAAACAAUAAUUUUUGUAUUUGUUUUAUUUUGAUUAUGUAAAAUCUAGCCACAAUAAGAAUCAAAAUUGGCUUUCAUAUUUAUACAAAUGCUACAAGUUUCUUAUAAAGAGAAUUUAUGAAAAAUUUUUUUUUCUUUAUCAUUAUGAUUACUUUCACUAAAAAUAAUAACAGUUUUACCUUCUUCUCAAAGGAAUGUCUUUAAAUCCAAGUAUUAUGUAAUUGUAGUCUUGAUUUCUGUGAUUCAUUAAAACCCAUUUUUUAUGUGUGAGUUAAAAUCACUUCUGAUGCACUAAAUAGUGCUAAACAAUGUUAAGUUUACUUCUUAAGAAAGCUUCUAAGUUUACGUCUAAGAAAGCUGUCUUUUCAAAAACCAGGUGACCUAGUUCAUCUACCAUGAUUUAUUUUCUCUCACGUAAUCUCUUCAAUUUCAAAGUGCAAAAAUCACAGUGAAAUCAGAGCUGCAACAAACAUUAAUUUUACUGAAAUCAGUGAUUAAAUUCCUUGAAAUGUAGACGUUUCCUAAUAUGUUGGAACCCUUGUAUAUCUGCAUAUAAAAAUGUCAGUUAAGAGCUAUUCUUUAGUGGAGCUCUUUCGUAUUGACAUUAUGUGAUCCAAUUUUAUAGAAAAGUUUUACAUUGUUAUCAAAGUCACAAAUAAGCUACGAAUAUUGUUUCAUUGGCUUUAGUUACAAUUGUUCAAUAAUUAUUUUAUUAUUUGUUCUUGCAAUCAAAAUACUGAUAUUGUUUAAAAAUCAGAAGUAAAUUUUAAAAAAUCCUUUUGCAUUUAGAACAGAGUUUUUAUUCAUAUGAAACUUGUCCAGUUAUUAAGACAAUAUUAGGAUGCUUUCAGGGAGUUGCCUGCCUCAUAAUUUUACUCUGUUAAGGUAACAUUAGUUGAUGUAAGGGAGCCAUUUUAGCAUAGACAAAGGAUAAUUUCCUUGGAUACCAUUUUCUUCUACAGAAACCUGCCAUCAAUUGACCAUUAUUUUAAAAGUACUUAAAAUAGAUCUAGAAAUAGAUAUUUAUUAUAGCUAUAACCUUUUCUCUACAUAUUAUUCAGAUAUUUUCCAUAUGUUAAGAAGGCCCAUAUAAAUUCCCUUAAAGGUGUUUAUGUCUUAAAUAUUUUCUAUUAUUUCAAUAAAAGUAACUCACAAAAUAAAUUUGAGGUUUGCAAGUUAUAUGCAAGUUUUAAUGGCUCAGACCUUGAUGUCCAUGAACAAAAACCAGAAAAGCUGUGCAUUGUGAUUAUGAAUGAAAUACACUUUUUCCACAAGAGAAUUUACAUUCUGGAAAACUUUCGUUGUUAUUUUGCCCACAAUGAACUGGGAAAAAGAAAUGUGACCUAUGAACUAUGUUAUCUAUUAAUUUACAUUAGUUUUUUCAUGAGGAAUAAAUAGAGAAGGCAUUUUUACAAAAGCUUCAUAAAAGCUCUUGUAACUUUUAUCAAAUAGCAGUAAUAGAUUGCAUCAUUUAAAUGCUUAAAAUAUCAAAUUAUUGGAUUUUUUGCAUUAACUGUACCAAUAAAAUGUGCAUACACUAGGUAAUGCAGGCUCACUGCCAGCUCAGAAUCUCAAUAUGCUAAAGUAACUCCAGAUAUAUUUCUUUAAAAACAGAUUAUCCCUGCAGUAUAUCUGUUCUAACUCAAAUGAGAAUGCAUAAAAUUUUCAGCAGAAUAAUUUUUCUUCAGCACUAUUCUAAAUCCAGUGUAAAGCUGCUAAAAUUGGCAUAACCUUGCAAUUCAUUGCAAAUUCCCUCAUUAUAGUUCUGCUUCAUAGUUCAUGGGGACUGGGUACACUUGGGGACAGAGAAACCACUGAAAAUCAUUAUAUCAGCAUAAGCUUGAUUUCCACAUGCAAGACUACAGCUGUCAGACAUUAAACCAUAAAGAAAAUUACUAGCACAGGUAAGAAUUGUAGUGGCAGGGAACAAUAUAGCUUCGAGUCACUGGCUAUUCACAGCUUCACCUUGGGGAAUCUAUGCAGCUGCCAAAUUCAUCACCUGUUAAGAGCUGCAAAAGUAGUCAAAGCCGAGGUGUAAGCAACUUGCACUUCUGUCACCCCAUACUUUCCCAGAUUUCCCACUGUGAUUAAAAAAUGCACAAAAAUUUAAAUAGUGAUGAUAAUAAAUCCACUUUUUCAGAAGUUUAGUACUGCUCAGAAUUAGGUCUGUGAACCAGGUUCGUGUUCAGUGUUCUUCCCUUAGGUGGCCUAGGUUGCGUGUUAAGUCAGGUGACAUCUUUAGUGAACUCUUUCUAAUGUCCCCAACAAAAGUGUCAGAACAGGGCUGCCUUUGAUGGCCUCCAGGAAGAAAUGAUAUUCCAAAAGUGAGAUGUUUCCAUGAAGUAGAUGAGCAUUCAGUUAAGUCACUCCCACAGAAGUGUCUGAUACCAUGUGAGAUGCCCAAAAUUAUCUAAGUCCUCCACACUGGGCUGGCACAUAUGACACAGAUGAGAUUAUGGAGUGGUAACAGGAGUUUGAAUGGGCUGUAAAGUAUCUCAGAUGAUAUUAGAUACCUUUUUAGAUACUAGUUAUUUAAAGUUAUUAUCUAACAACCCGCCUGUGUGAUGGAACAGCCUGAAUUCAAAAAGGUUGCUUAAGCUUGAAAAUAUUAACCUCAAUUGUCCAAUGAAUGAUACAAAUAGUGAACAUAAGUGUGAUAUCCAUUAAUAUCCCUUAAUGUUGGCAAGUAUGGGAAAUGCUAACUUGCAGAGAUCCUCUUUAUAUGGAAAAUUAUCUUUUUAUGCAUCACUUCAGUCAAAAAUGUGUUCUGUAACCAAGUCAGGAGUAAAUCGCCCUUACUCAGCAGUUAUUGAAAAAAAUCACCAACAUUAGUUGCUACUACCUAAUGUAGACUUUUCGUUGUUUUUUUUUUUUUUUCUAUUUAACAGUAAAAUGUUUCUGAGUGCAAUUUGUAAAGGUUUGGGUGGCACAUUUCAGUCACAUAUUGGAAAAUCUCAUAUAUAGACAUAGUUGUGAAAACAGAUGAUAUGGCUUAGGUCUUUGAGUCCUUUAUUUUUCUUGUUUGUACACCUGUAUAUUUUCCAGGAUAUCAGUUAAUUUUAAAUAGUCAUUUGUUCCACUUGAAAGGUAAAAGAGAAAGAAGAUUUGUUAUAGCAGGCUGAAUGGAUGAACAUCCAUGUCACAAUAAAGAGGGUUCUACUGCACAAAUGUCCACAUCAGAAUUAUACAACCAAAGGAUUUUCUUAUAGCCAGAGUAGAAAAUCACUAUUUACAGGACAUGAUCCAUCAUGUUAAUAGGUGAAAUAAAUCACACUUUAAAAACGUGUUUCUCUCCAUUGACUGCAGAAGUGCUUAAUAUGACUAGUUUAGACAGAAUUACUUAAGCUGGAUAAGAUGCAUCUCUACCCUUUGAGAAAUGCCUAGAAGGAACUGGCCCCACAAACAUUUAUUUCCAAUAAAUAUGACAGGAAUUUAAUUUAGAAUAUAACUCCAAGACUCAAAUAUGCAUUGAACAAAAAACAAUUUUUCUGUUCUGAAAUCAAACACUCUUGUGAGAUACAGAGGUUGGAUUAUUUGGAGCUUUCAAAUUACAGGCAAAGGAGAAAAAAAAUAUCUCUUUGUUAACCUAGAAGGAGAAAAAGUGUUCAGAAAAUUGCAGCUGCAGCUCCAGCUUACCUAAACUUUUAGAUAUCCUAUAUUUGAGGGUUAAGGGAGCAAUUUAAUACAAUAACCUACAAGACAUAUCUAUAUAAUUAAACUUCACAAACUUUCAGAACAUGAAAUAGGAUUAUUUAAAAGCAGGAUUACUGUAAUCAAUGGGCAUCAUUAUUCCAGGCCCUGGUGUGGGAAGAGAAAAACUGGAGAAAAGCAGACAUCUCCCACCAGAUGGGUCAUCUCAGCCAAAUGUAGGCAUACUAAAAAAUCACCUGCUUGCAUUGUUUUCCUCUUUGAUUUAUUAAGGUGCCAAUGAGAAUAACCAGAUUUAGGCACCUAAAUUAGUAGAAAUACUAACAAUGAAGUGUAGAAAAAUGCCAAUAGUAUGAUCUAUCUGAAAUUGUAAAUCCACUUGACUUGCUUAUAGAUUUCUCCACGUUAUCAUUUAUCUCACAAGUAGUAUACACCAUACUACAUAUUCUUUGACAGCUCUAUGUAAAGAAAGAGAUAUAUUUUAUGUGAUCAAAAUCAACUUUUGAAAUAACAUCCAUUUUACAGUUAAUGUAGGUGAAUUUUUUUUGUGAAAGUUCACAGUUUUUUGCAGUUCUGCACAAAGUGCAAAACACUGGAUUAAUUGUUCAUUUCAUUAAAAACUGUGAAUUUUUAGCACCUUCUAAAAUCACAGACAAUAUUCUUUGCUCUUUAAAAUCAGAUGCUUAUUUUUUUAUUCCAUUUUUCAAAAUUGUGGCUAUAUUUUACAUGAGACAUUUUUUAUGAAACAUAUGUUUAUGUGUCUGGAAUCUUGCGGAAAAAUACAUGUCAGGAUUCUACUGGAAUGAGAUUACAAAAUGCACAAUCUUUUAUAAAUUUAUUUUCUAUGUCACAUACUUAUAUCUUUGGUUAUGUUUAGUUGACUUUAGGAAACUGACUCAGAGUUCUUAAAAAAUUUAUAAAGAAAAUGAAACCAAGAUUUUGGUUCAAAGAAUUUAUAGAAUAAGCUUUACUUGCUUGACUGCUAUCAUUUCCCUCUUCCCUCCUAAAAAACAACAAGAACCAAAAGAAAAAAAAAAAAAAGAACCCCAGAUAACCCAGAUAAGUUUUAAGUCCUUUUUAAUUUCAGUGCACAUUCAAUAAUUUAUAUUGUCAUGCAUUAUGAUUAUUUGUAAAAUUAUUAUUAGAGGAAGAGCUGCAACCAAACUGACGUAGAAAUAACUGUUAUGCACAGGAUUGCUGGUCAUCAUUAAUUGGGGAAAUAAAAACUAGUUUUUCUGGAAUGGUCUAGUAAAUGCAGAGUGUCAGCAGACAUGCUAAUGGAUGGCUCAUUCUUUAACAAAAAUUCUUCUGCCUUCACCUUGCAUACCAAAAGAGCUUGUAUCAGAUUAUGGCUGCUUGCUUUGAGGAGGAAACUGGAACAUGAGGUCUGAGUCUUUAAAGCAAGAGGAACAUUGUUAAAGCAGGAAUGAUGUGGUUAAGAGCAUGUCACAAAUAUAAACUUGCCAGUGCUGUCAUAUGAGCAUGCAACUGUUUGCAGAUGUAUUAUAGGAUUUUUUGCAUCAAAUGGGUCCAGUCAGAAGUUUUGAAGCUUUAGUCGAAAACAAAAUCAGUAUUGAAGAAAUAUGUUGGGAUGUUGACAUAAGAGUUUACUUAGUAUGGAAAAGGAGUACAGAGCAAAAUAAGUGUACAAUGUUUUGGAAUGUAAGACAAUAAAUACAUUAAGAAAAUGUAUCGAUAUGGUUGUAAAUACAUUCAAUUAAGCUGUCCUAAGUUUUGCAAUAUUUGCAGAGCAGUUUACUGAAUGUUAUGCUUUUACCAUGCUUCCGUUAUAUCUUGGACAUGUAUGUAUAGAAUGCAAGUGGAGACAAUAGAGCACAAUGUUAAACUCUUAACCUUUGUUUGACAUAAAUUGUUUCUAAGAAAUUUGAAUAUUGAAAAUGUCACUGUGCAAAAAUAAACAUGCCUGUUUUUA